AUGUCUCAAUCAGCUUUUGUACCCGGCAGGCUUAUCACAGAUAAUGUACUAGUUGCUUAUGAGCUGGUCCAUUACUUAAGACAGAAGAGGAAAGGAAAAAAAGGGUAUAUGUCACUCAAAUUAGAUAUGAGCAAAGCAUACGAUAGGGUGGAGUGGGGCUUCCUAGAUACUAUAAUGAGAAAGAUGGGGUUCAAUGAAAGGUGGAGAAAGCUUGUAAUGUCCUGUGUACAGACUGUCUCAUAUUCAAUCCUUGUGAAUGGCAGUCCAAAGGGUCCUAUCAGGCCUACGAGAGGGUUGAGACAAGGGGACCCUCUUUCCCCUUAUCUUUUCCUCCUUUGCACUGAAGGGUUGAUAGCCAUGCUAAAACAAGCUGAGGAGAACAAGCUGGUGGAAGGUGUAAAAAUCUGCAGAGGCAGCCCAAGGAUCAACAACCUCCUCUUCGCAGAUGAUAGUUUGUUCUUUUGCAGGGCCUCUUUGCAAACUAAUGCACACAUCCAUCAACUUCUAAAGGAGUAUGAGCUGGCAUCGGGUCAAAAAAUUAAUAAGGAGAAGACAGCAAUGGUUUUCAGCACCAAUGUUAACCCUCAAUUACAGCAGGAAAUAAUGGCCUCUUGGGGGAUACAGCAAGCUCAGCAGUAUGACAAGUAUCUUGGCCUCCCAUCAGUGGUAGGAAGAUCUAAGAAGAGAGCCUUUGCAAGUAUUAAAAGCAGGGUUUGGAAGAAGCUCCAAGGAUGGAAGGAGAGGCUACUUUCACAAGGGGGGAAAGAGGUACUGAUUAAAGCAGUAGCCUUAUCUAUUCCUGCAUAUUCCAUGAGUUGCUUCAAAUUACCUGAAAGCCUAUGUAAAGAGUUAGAGAAUAUGAUGGCAAAAUUCUGGUGGGGUCAAAGGGGUGAGGAAAACAAAAUCAGGUGGGUGAGUUGGUCAAAAAUGUGUGCUUCCAAGCAAGAUGGAGGAAUGGGAUUUAAGGACCUUCACAGUUUCAAUAUGGCCCUGUUGGCAAAACAAGCAUGGAGGAUUAUGAAUGAAAAGUCUUCUCUUCUCCAUAAGAUUUAUAAGUCUAGGUACUUCCCCAAUUUGAGCAUUCAGCAAGCACAGUUGGGAAAUGCCCCAUCAUAUGCAUGGAGAGGGAUAUGGGAAUCUAUAAGACUUUUAGUAAGGGGGUGCAGGUGGCGAGUGGGGGAUGGAGAGUCCAUAAACAUCUGGACUGAUAUUUGGUUGCCAGGACAAAACCAAAUCCCCUUAAGCCAAGGUCAAGACAGUAGAAGCAGUUGCCAAAAAGUUGCACAGUUGAUAGAUGGGGAGACAGGGUGGUGGGAUGCUGAGAUAGUUAGGAGAACCCUUCCUCCAAGAGAAGCUUCUGAGGUUCUGAGGAUGUCCCUGGGUCCUCCACCUAGAGAGGAUAAACUCAUAUGGCACUAUGAGGGCUCAGGUGAAUACACAGUGAGGAGUGCAUACAAGCUGUUCUGGUCUUUAAAGAACCACAGGGCCGAAGGGAGUUGCUCAAACUUUCAGGCACAUCGAGGCUUAUGGAAGCAGCUAUGGACAAUGCCAAUACCACACAGGGUUAGGGUCUUCUCAUGGAGAGCAUGCAAGCAAGGACUGCCCACUUUGCAAAGCCUGAGGGUCAGAAAGGAAAGAAACCAGCAGGGGUUUAUGGAGAUAGCUAUGAGAGUGAAACAAGAAGGGCAGCCAAGGGAUCUAGAGAAGUUCUUUCUUAUGGCCUGGUCAUUUUGGUAUAGAAGGAACCAAUUCUACUUUGAAGAUCAUGUUCAGCAUCCACAACAGUCGGUUGAUCAUGCUCUAUCCAUGCUUAAGGAGUCUCGAGAAGCCCAAAUCAGUAGUAAACAGAACAUGGGGUGUUGUAGUACGGGUGUGGGAGUUAUCUUGAGGGACGAGAAGGGUAAAGUAAUAAUGGCUGCGUGUCAUAAAGAACCAGAGUUCUCAGAUCCUAUGGAAGUGGAGCUUCUGGCCAUUCUAAGGGGUCUACAGAUAUGUGUCCCGUUGGGUAUCAAUGAUCUGAUUGUGGAAACCGAUUCUAUGCUUAGUGUUAGGGCCUUAACAACAGAAGGGGAGUCUAUGUCUCCACAUGGUAACUUGAUCUACUCCAUCCUUGGCCUUUCAAAACAGAUUCCCAAAGUGAUUUUCCAACAUGCUGGCAGAGAACACAAUGCAGCAGCUGAUGGCUUAGCAAAAAUGGCAAGAUUUGUAGAGGAUUUAACAAUUUGGUGGGAAUCAAUUCCCGAGUGUAUUUCCCAGAUUGUUUGGCAUGAGGCCAGCUUGUAA